UCGUUUGCACCGUGCAUACUCCUCUGACCAAUUUUGCAUUAUAUAUAGCUCGCCUGAGCGUGGAGAUCCAGAGCACGAGAUCCACGAAGCGAAUUUCUAGAACUGAUCUCAUCUUGGCUUCUCUCCUGCUUGACCUCAGCAGUGUGCUUUGUUUCAGUUCACUCGAAAGGUGUGUUACCCAAAUAAGUUAGCCAUGGCCAGCAACGCCACAUCCUCUGCCGCCGACUCGACGGUGCCGCAGCCGCCGCCGUCGCAGGGAAAGCUCAUCACGAUACUGAGCAUCGACGGCGGCGGCAUCCGUGGGCUCAUCCCGGCCACCAUCAUCGCCUUCCUCGAGGCCAAGCUCCAGGAGCUGGACGGGCCCGACGCGCGGAUUGCAGACUACUUCGACGUGAUCGCCGGGACGAGCACCGGCGCGCUGCUCACGUCGAUGCUGUCGGCGCCGGGGGAGAACAAGCGGCCGCUUUUCGCCGCCAAGGACCUCAACACGUUCUACCUCGAGAACGGCCCCAAUAUCUUCCCACAGAGAAAGGCGGGGUGGCUGACGCCGGCGGCGAACCUGAUAGGCACCAUGAGAGGGCCCAAGUAUGACGGCGUGUUCCUGCACGACAAGAUCAAGGGCCUGACCCACGACGUGAAGGUCGCGGACACGGUGACCAACAUCAUCGUGCCGGCGUUCGACGUGAAGUACCUGCAGCCCAUCAUCUUCUCCACGUACGAGGCCAAGAACGACCAACUCAAGAACGCGCACCUCUCCGACAUCUGCAUCAGCACGUCGGCGGCGCCCACCUACUUCCCCGCGCACUUCUUCACGACCCACAACGACAAAGGUGAGUCCCGAGAGUUCCACCUCGUCGACGGCGGCGUCGCGGCCAACAACCCCACCAUGGUCGCCAUGUCCAUGCUCACCAAGGAGGUGCUUCGCCGGAACCCGGACUUCAACCCGGGCAGGCCCACCGAGUACCAGAACUACCUCAUCAUCUCCGUCGGGACCGGGUCCGCCAAGCAGGCGGAGAAGUACACCGCGCCGCAGUGCGCCAAAUGGGGCCUACUCCAGUGGCUCUACCACGGCGGCUUCACCCCAAUCAUCGACCUCUUCUCCCAUGCCAGCUCCGACAUGGUCGACAUCCACGCAGCCGUGCUCUUCGAGGCCCUCCAUUGUCAGAAGAACUACCUCCGCAUCCAGGACGAUUCGCUGACCGGGGCCACGUCGUCGGUGGAUAUCUCGACGAAGGAGAACAUGGAGGCGCUGAUCGGGAUCGGUCAGGGCCUGCUCAAGAAGCCGGUGGCGAGAGUGAACAUUGACACGGGGAUGUACGAGCCCGUCGACGGCGAGGGCACAAACGAGCAAGCGCUUGCCCGCUUCGCCAAGAUUCUCUCUGAGGAGCGCAAGCUGCGGACCUCAACUUCUACUAGCUAGCCUAGUCUGGCUGUUGCUGCUUGGUGCUUGCCAAGAAAUUCAGCACAAGAAGAAGCAAAUUAAAAGAAGGAUGGUUAUUAUGUACCUACAGCCGAUCAUUAGGUGUAUUGCUUGAAUAAUUGAUUUUCCAAAUUAAGGCGACAUACAUACGGAACCAAUAAACAUUUAAGUGUUGUACUAUGGCAAUAUGUGGCAUGUUCCAGAUUUU